AUGUCUUCUUCACGACAACCAUCGAAUAAUCAUAAUAACAACAAUUCGUCCUAUCAAAAUCAACUAUUAGACUAUGAAACGGAUGAAUCAUUAAAUACACAGGCCAUGUCUGAUCAUUUAUUUGAUAAUAGAACUCAAUCUUAUGAAAAUGGUUUAUUUCAACAAAUGUAUCCAUUUCAAGAAGAUGAAGAUGCAAAUUUACCCGACGAAAUUGUAGCUGAAUUAGAUGCAAGAGAUCAUCAUCAUCAUCGUCAUCAUCAAAUGCGAACAAAUAUUAAUCAUGAUGAAGAUGAUUCAGUUUUUUCUGAUGCUGUACAAGAUGCCUUUAAAAAGUAUCAAAAUGAGCAAGAAGAAUUAUAUGCUCAAAUGGAAGAAUGCUGGAAUUAUAUGACUCAAGAAACUGAAUUUACUGAUACACCAAAAAUUUCAGCUGAACAAUCUCAAGACAGUAAAUUAAAUCCGGAUGCAAAUGAAUUUAAACCAUCAUGGUUAAAACCAUCAACUACUGAAGGACCUUUAGUUACCUUAACAUCAUCAUCAUCAUCAUCAUCAUCUAGUCAGCUUGACAAACAAGAAAAAAAGUUUUAA